AUGCCGAUUCCUGAAUUUAAACUAUGUGUUUUUGGCACUGGUGGUGUUGGAAAAUCAUGUUUGACGAUGCAAUUUGUUCAAGGUAUUUUUUUACCAAAAUAUGAUCCAACUAUUGAAGAUGUCUAUAAAAAAACAGUUGAAAUUGAUGAAAAACAAUAUUCAUUAGAAAUAUUGGAUACAGCAGGAACUGAAGAAUUUUCUGCUAUGAGAGAUUUAUAUGUUAAAAAUGGUCAAGGUUUUGUUCUUGUCUAUUCUAUCACAUCACAAGCAACAUUUAAUGAUUUAAAUGAAUUUUAUGAUAGAAUAAUGCGUGUUAAAGAUUCAGAACUUCAUGGUCAACCACCUGUAAUACUCGUAGGUAAUAAAAGUGAUUUAGAAGAUGAAAGAGUGGUUGGUCGUGAAAUGGGUCAAGCAUUAGCACGAAAAUGGAAAUGUACUUUUCUUGAAACAUCUGCUAAAGAUCGUGCAAAUGUUAAUGAAAUUUUUUUUGAUCUUGUUCGACAAAUUAAUCGUUCAGCUAAUAAUCCUGCAAGUCGUCAUACACCACGACCAGCAUCAAAUGAAAGUGCACCAAAUCGACGAACAAGCAAUUUAACAUCAGACAGUGCACCAACCUCACGUAAACGUAAUCGUAGUCAUCGUACUGAAAAAUGUAUUCUUCUUUAA